AGGGGGCAAUAAGCUGUCUUUCAUGGAGAGCAAAGAGGUGAAGCUUUUAGGAUUCUGGGUUAGCCCCUUUUCGCGCAGAGUUGAGUGGGCUCUGAAGGUGAAGGGCGUUGGGUAUGAGUACAUAGAAGAAGACAUCUUCAACAAGAGCAACCUGCUCUUGGAACUCAACCCUGUUCAUAAGAAGGUGCCGGUUCUUGUUCAUGAUGGGAAGGUAAUAGCAGAGUCAUUUAUUUUACUUGAAUAUGUUGAUGAAACAUGGAAGCAUCAUCCUUUGCUGCCUCAAGAUCCUCACCAAAGAGCUUUGGCCCGAUUUUGGGCUAAAUUUUGUGAAGAGAAGGUUUUUGAAACUGCAUGGAAUGCUUUGUGCUCCAAAGGAGAGGAAAAACAAAAGGCUCUAGAACAAUGUAAAGAAGCCAUGGAAAAGAUGGAAGAGGAAGUAUUCAAAGGGAAGCAGAUCCUUGGAAGUGAUGGGAGGAGCAACCUUGGCUAUCUAGACAUUGCAGUGGGAUGGAUCUCUCACUGGCUGCCUGUUUUUGAGGAAGUUGGUUCAAUGCAAAUUCUAGACCCACUGCAAUUUCCAGCUACCGCCGCAUGGAUCGACAGGUUUCUCAACCAUCCAUUGAUCAAAGACAACCUGCCGCCGAGGGAGAAGAUGCUGGUUUAUUUUCACCAGAGAAGCCAAGAAUUGAGUUCCACAGCUCAAGGUUGGAUCAAGGUAUAACUAAUGGGGAUUUGAACCUAUAUCCUCUCCAGCAUGUAUUUCAAGCAUUGAAUCAAGGCCUUCUUGCCAUUGAAAUAGCAAUAAGAAUAACCUUUCACU